UCUAUUGAUAGUUUUCUGAAAUAACAUAACUUAUAACUUAACUUAAUCUAACCGCACCUAACCUAACUGAAUUAGAUUGAACUUAAACCUAAACCUAACCUAAACCUAUGGAUGAAUCUAAUCGACAUGUCAAAGUUUUUUUAGUAUAAGUUUGAAAGCUCUCACUAAAUCAUUCAAUCGGUAUUAGUAAAUGGUUCUACUCGAAACCACGACAUUCCGCACCAAGCGGUAAAAACAUGAAAAAUGGAAAUAUUGAACAAUUAGACAAUCAUAUAAAGACGACGAUUUCGCAAUAUCUGGUGGGCUACAAUUCAGUUUGACCAGUCCGAAGUUCUCACUAAAUCAUUCAAUCGGUAGUAAUGACGGAAGUGGUAAAUUAAUGUGGAAAAAUGUCUUUUCCUAUGGGAGAUGUUAAGGAACUGCCAGUAGGUUUUCAACUAAGAAUUAGCUGAUUACUAUUUUUUUAUGAAGUUAUUUUGAAAUAAAAUAAUUUAUUUGAUCAAUCAGCUUGAUAAUUGUCCAUCACUAGUAAAAAUAAUUCAACUUGUAAACUCGUCAACGCAAGUUUCAUCAACAUAGUUAUUCGAUUUAGUAUGCUGCCACCACUGUGAUUGACAUCCAACUAACACUUGUUAGUAGAUUCUUGGCUAAUCCAUGCUAGUAUAUUUCGAAGUGUUUAACUUUAAUUGUAAAAUUAUCUUUCAUCUAAUCUUUCAAUUAAUUUAAAGUGAACCUAGAAUUUAUUAUUUGUGGCUUAAGCUCCAACAAAACAGCGAUAUGUUUAUUGAUGAUUUACCUGAUGAUUGCUUGCUAGCAAUAUUCUGCCUAAUCAACACCAUAGAUGAUCUUCUGAUAUUUGUUGAAGUUUGUCCAAGGUGGAGUCGCCUAGUCUGCCAACGGUUACGUAAAGUGAAAUAUUUGAGUGAUGGCUAUCCUGAUAGAGCAAUUUAUCCAAAAAAUACGAUCUUUUAUAAUCAGACGAAUUUUUUGUAUAAAAUCCAACUUUCCAAAUUCCUGCCAAAUCUCAGGAUUCUUGAUAUUCCCGUCCUAAUUUUUGACCGGAGCUAUGGAAAACGUUUUGACCUGGAGAAGCUCAAUUCGACCAAAGGAUUAAUAUAUUUAUUGGAUGGCCAUAAAUUAUCUUAUAUUGACAAGUGCUUUGAAAUGGUUUCGUCUCCACGUUUAGCACACUAUUUCUUGAACUCUCAUUAUGGGUCUAAAUUGAAGCAGCUUCACCUUACGAAUUGUAACUUGGAAGCCUUUUCAAGUUGCGCCAAGUAUUUACCUAAUCUUUUAAGAUUGCAUCUAGAAGAUCAAGAGUUUUGGCUUGAUGAUGUCUCACGUUAUAAAGGACCAAUUCUGGAAAAGGUUGAAAUUUUCGAAUGUAGUGUAACAUCAUUUGAGGAUUCUAACCCUUAUCCUGGUUUCGACAUGGCAGACUAUUUGCCAUCUCUCAAAAGUGCUUUUCAUUAUGUAGAUCGAAGCUCAGUUUUCGUCAAUCAAGAGAUAAAAAAUUAUUACAUGGAAGAUUUGGUUUUGCAAAAUAUGUAUGCCUGCUCUCCGAAUUGGAACACGAUCAAAGGAAUACUGAGAAAAUAUCCCAAUUUGAAACAUUUGGCUAUUAGAAGUAACAUUGAGUCUAUUAUCGAAGAUGCACAUAUUCCAGAGAUAAUUCGAAUGUUGCCGCAAAUUACUAUUAUUGAUGUAAGAAACUCCAAAAAGAUUACUGACAAAACUAUCAGAUUUAUUGAUGAACAUAAUAAACGGAAUAAGCCGAUCUCAUUCUACUACAAAACUGAACAACGUUUAGAGAUAGACUGGCCUCAGUUUUCAGCAGAACGCAAGAAGAUAUGUCAAGGGUUAGAUUUCAUGAAAAAUUGCUUCCUGAAACCAUUUGAUCAUUUACCAUGCCUGAUGGAUCCUCUAGACGACAAAUAAAAUUAACCGUAAUUUCUCA